ACUUUCGUGCAUGAUCUAUUUUCUGAAAUAUGGUUUAACAGCUUUAACUAACGUCAGUUCUAUUUUCGUGCUUUCUCCCAUAGUCAUUAGGAGUCAUGGAGCACCCAUAGAGAGCAGCGUCACAGUUUAUCCUCACGUGUUUGAAGAUCGAGGAGACGACUUUGAAAAGCUCCUCGUCAUCCACGAAGGAUAUUCUCUCAAAUUAAGCAAAGGGUCGGUGCUUGCUGAGAGCGUUCUACUGCACGAUUUAACUGAAAAUGGAGUCGUCGAGACCUACAUCGAUGGUAGGCAACACGAGAGAGAUUUGUAUCAAGAUUCCGAAAGCAUGGCUUCGUUGAUAAUCACAUCACAAGUGGGAGGACAUUACCACAUAAACGCAAUCUCCACAUCACAAGAGUCCCUACGCCAGCGACUGGAAAGCUGCCGAGAAAUUUCACCGUAGAGUUGGUUUUCUGCAGCGACUACAAGCACACUAUAGGUUUCCAGAGUGCGACAGAACGAAUAUAUACAGGUGUUUGCACAAGCGAUCACCCUGCGUUUGCAACAGCUUAGCUCUCCCGGCACCAUAUCGGUAACAUCUAUUGUGGGAUCCUAUAUCGCGAAAGAGUAUUACGUGCACCAGCGGAACAACGACGCCAUCUAUGGCACAGAAACGCUGAAGAAGCUAGCGCUCGCCUCGAAACGCAACAACGCAAUGGAGAAGGCAGACGCAAUCUUCUUGGCCACCGGGCGAGCUGUUGUUCAGUUGAACGGCAAGAAGCUAACUACUCACCACGUAGGGCUGGCUUUCUUGGGGCAAAUGUGCGCAUUCUUCAAGACCUCGCUGGGAGUGGACGAACCACGGACGUAUUCGGGGUUGCACACUGCAUCACACGAAUUAUCGCAUUUGUUGAACUCAAGCCAUGAUGGAGAAGGCGGCUCGGCGAACUGUAGACCUGAUCACCAACACCUAAUGCACGCUUACGAAGGAGGAACGCGAAACUACGUGUUCUCUUCAUGCAGCAUGGCCGCUAUUCACGACUUUUUGCGGUCAGAUCGCGCGUAUUGCUUGAAAAUAACCGCCACGUACCAAAAAACUUACUUGCCAUAUCACUUCUUAAAGAAGGAAGGACCUUUCCUGAACGGAACACAUUACUGCCAGAAGUUUUUCCCGGACUACAAGAAUGCGUCCUAUGUUAAGCGCCACCACUCUCUUUCAGAUCACUGCCACUUUCUUUGCGAAUUGACAAAAUGGUCAGGCGGAAAGCAUCAGGGAGACAUAUAUGCACCGGCAGGAACACCCUGUAACAACAACCCUACUAUGAGUUGCUAUUAUGGCCUAUGCACCCCAACUAAAAAAUAAAGAAAUUAUUCAG